AUGGAUUUGAAGGCCGCUGGUGAAAAGCGUUUACUGCAGCUUAAUGAGUUAGAUGAAUUCAGGAUGGAAGCGUAUGAAUACUCAAGGCUCUAUAAAGAUCGAACCAAGAAGUGGCAUGACUUGCAUAUUCAGAGGCAAGAGUUUGAAGUGGGGCAGAAAGUGUUAUUGUACAACUCUAGACUCAAGCUCUUCCCGAAAAAAUUAAGGUUAAGGUGGUCGGGUCCCUAUACUGUCACAAAGGUUUUGCCAUGUGGAGCAAUAGAAGUCAGCCACAAAACUAAGGGUACCAUUACAGUUAAUGGGCAAAGGCUAAAAUACUAUUGGGGUGGUGACUUCUCCAAGCAAAAGUCCACCGUUCAAAUCGGGACACCAGAAUUAAGCAGCUACGGGAAAGUCGAGCCAUUGACUAUAAACUAG